CUUUCCUCUUUUCUUCGUAUGCGGGGGAAAAGCCCUAGUUAAAUCUCUGUAAAAACACAUACCAUAGAUACUCAUUCAGAUCUCUCUCUCUCUCUCUCUCUCUCUCUGCUAGGAUUUUGCCUAUAAUGUCAGGCUCUGGGGCUUUAGAUAUGACUCUGGACGAUCUGAUAAAGAGCAAUCGGCAAUCCGGACGCGGCGGCGGCGGCGGCUUCAGAGGCCGAGGUGGAGCCUCGACGGGUCCCGGCCCUGCCCGCCGCAUUCCUAUCCGCGGUACUAACCGAACUGCACCUUACCCUACUGCCAAGGCUCCAGAAUCGGUUUGGAAGCAUGACUUGUUUACAGUGGAUCAGGCAAUGGCGUACUCAGUGCAGGCAAGUGGCAGAACCUCGUCUAUAGAAACCGAAACCAAGCUCUACAUAUCGAACUUAGAUUAUGGCGUCUCCAAUGAGGACAUCAAGGAGCUCUUUUCAGAGGUUGGUGACCUGAAAAGAUAUUCAAUACAUUAUGAUCGAAGCGGGAGAUCAAAGGGAACAGCAGAAGUUGUCUUCUCACGGCGUCAAGAUGCUCUAUCAGCUGUCAAGAGGUACAAUAAUGUGCAGCUUGAUGGGAAGCCAAUGAAAAUUGAGAUUGUGGGGACACAUAUUGCAAUCCCUCGCUUGCCUCCAUCUGCAAAUGAUUCUUUUGGAAAUGUAAAUGGGUUUCCAAGAAGUGCGCAAGGAAGGGGUGGUGCAUCAGGAAGGGGUCGUGGUGGCAGGAGUGGGGGCCGUGGAUUUGGACGGGGGCGCGGAAGAGGAAGAGGCCGUGGUGAGAAGAUAUCUGCUGAAGAUCUUGAUUCAGAUUUGGAAAAGUAUCACUCAGAGGCAAUGCAGACGGAUAAUUGAAUGAAUCGCUCAAGUUUCACCUUUGCUUGCACAUUUCCUACAGUCUUUGUGUGCUUGAACAUGCAGAAACCAAAUUAGUUUUUGUAUUUGAAUCAUUGUCUUUUUAGCGUAACAACUAACAAAGAAGCAAUACUAGUACAGAUGACUGUUGGAUCCAUGGCAAUGGACCUUAGGGUUUUACUUUCUAUUGUUCCAUUGAUCUGGGUAUGUAUUUAGUCCCAUCACUAUGCUGUUUUUGGCGUUCUGCAUCCGAGCUCCUGCCUUUUUUCAAUCUGGCUCAUGUACUUAUAUAGUGGGGGCUACAAUUCCUCACUUCAUCUAGAUGCGUCAAAAGUUUUGCCUACGAGGUGAUGGAUUUGAAACAAAGGAGAUUACGAUGCCCACUACUUUGAAGUGAUGCAGAUUACUUCUUGUAUCACCGAACUGCCGGGAGCAUCCGCUUUGAGGUAAUUUCCUUUUAAUGCCCUUUGUCCUUCUCCUAUGGGCUAAUUUUGCUGUUGAUGUUCUGCCCAUUUUCUUUUUAUGUUGCAUCUAGAUGUUCUUUUUCUGUUUUGUUUUUCGUCCUCAUAUUUACUGUGGAAAUGGCGGUGCACGUAACAUGCUGGAAUCUGGUAGCCUGGUAUGAUGAUCAGUUCACAUGAUAUUGGGUUACGCGGUUCUAGAAAUUCGUGUGAUGGAUAAUCUGGGGCGUAUUCGUUCUGAUAUUGAUGUGUGGAUGUGGCUAUGUGAUAUCUGAAUUAAUUUCCUUUGCUGUACUAAUGUAUUCUUACAUCCCUGCAGUUUCAGCAGGAGUAGAGCUAUUUUUGGUUGCAGGCAUUCUAGUUCAAUGAGUAGUACAUUUGGUCCAAACUUCAAAGGUGGCGACCUUUGUUAUCACUUGUUUGGCAGUGUUAACUGUUAAGCCUGGCGUUGAAAUAAUCACCAGUUGGGGAAAAAGAAGGUUUAGGUGAAGUGAGUGUUAUGGUUUGACUUGUGCUUUGCUCCGAGUGCAUGGAUCCUGGAGAUGAUGAAUGUUUAAGAUGCCAUGUUCUGCCUGGUUCACAAACAAGCUUGGGACUGGUUUUAGAGAAGCACUUCGCCAUGCAAGCUCAGUUUGGAAUCAGCAGGAAAGGGCAAUCUAAUUAGGAUGAUCCCUCUUCCUUCUUCCAAAGUAGUUCUGAGAUGUUCUUAUAUGUUGGAUAUCUUAAACACUGUAAUUAUUUAAGAACUGCGGACAAUGCAUACCGUCCAUUUGAACUCAA